GGCGAGCCGGGCGUUCCGGGUCGCACGGCCGCUGGAGGGAAGCCGUCCGCGGGCAGGCCCGUAGCCGGACAAGACGCCCCACUGGUGAACAGAGGUUUCUCUGUGUGCCGGGUACCAUGGCCACAUCAGCACCCCUGCGAAGCCUGGAAGAGGAGGUGACCUGCUCCAUCUGCCUCGAUUACCUGCGGGACCCCGUGACCAUCGACUGUGGCCAUGUCUUCUGCCGGAGUUGCACCAUGGAUGUCUGCCCCGUGUCGGGGGGCCGCUCCAUCUGCCCCCUCUGCAAGAAGCCCUUUAAAAAGGAGAACAUCCGCCCCGUGUGGCAGAUGGCCAGCCUCGUGGAGAACAUCGAGCGGCUGAAGGUGGACAAAGGCCGGCAGCACUGGGAAGGGGCUGGGGAGCCCCGGGGUGCCAGGCUGUGCCCGCGGCACCAGGAGAAGCUGCACUACUACUGUGAGGAUGACGGGAAGCUGCUGUGCGUGCUGUGCCGGGAGUCCCGGGAGCACCAGUUCCACACGGCCGUGCUGAUGGAGAAGGCUGCCCAGCCGCACAGGGAAAAAAUCCUGAACCACCUGACCACCCUCAGGAGAGACCGGGACAAAAUCCAGGGCUUUCAGACCAAGGGAGACGCAGAUAUCCUGAGUGCUCUGAAGAAGUUCCAGGAGCAGAGGCAGUGCAUCGUGGCUACGUUUGAGAAGGGCCACCAGUUCCUGAGAGAGCGGGAACAGCAUCUGCUGGACCAGCUGGUGAGGCUGGAGCUGGAGCUCACCGAGGGCAGAGAGAAGUACAAUUCCAGGAGCGCCGAGGAGCUCUCCCGGCUGGCGCUGGUCAUCUCCGAGCUGGAGGGAAAGGUGCAGCAGCCGGCCAUAGAGUUCAUGCAGGACACGAGAGACUUCUUAAACAGGUAUCCGCGCAAGAAGGUCUGGAUCGGAAAACCCAUCGCCCGAGUAGUUAAAAAACGAACUGAAGAAUUCUCAGAUAAAGUUCUCUCCCUGCAGCGAGGCUUAAGAGAAUUCCAAGGGAAAUUGGUGAAAGACCUGGAAUAUAAAACAGUGAGUGUCACCCUGGACGCGCAGUCAGCCAGCAGGUACCUGUUGCUGUCCAAUGACUGGAAGUGCGUGACCUACAACAACCAUUAUCCGAUUACCUACCUGUACCCCCAGCAGUUUGACUGUGAGCCUGGGGUGGUGGGCUGUAAAGGCUUCACCUGGGGCAAGGUCUACUGGGAAGUGGAGGUGGAGCGGGAGAGCUGGUCUGAUGAUGAAAAGGAAGGGGGCGAGGAGGAGGAGGAAGAAGAGGUAGAGGAAGAGGAAGCUGCUGGCUAUAGGGAUGGGCAUGAUGAAUGGGACACAACUGAUGAUGAGGAAUCACUAGGGGGUGAAGAGGAAGAAGAGGAAGCAGGGGAGGAGGAGGAGGAGGAGGAAGUUCUGGAGAGCUGCCUGGUGGGGGUGGCCAGGGACUCCAUGAAUAGGAAGGGUGUUCUCUCCCUGCGGCCGGAGGACGGUGUGUGGGCCCUGCGCCUCUCCUCCUCAGGCGUCUGGGCCAACACCAGCCCUGAGACUGAACUCUUCCCCAAGCUGCGGCUGCAGAGAGUGGGCAUAGCCCUGGAUUAUGAGGGUGGCACCGUGACCUUCACCAAUGCUGAGUCGCAAGAGCUCAUCUACACCUUCACUGCUACCUUCACCGGACGCCUUGUCCCCUUCCUGUGGCUCAAGUGGCCCGGGACGCGCCUCCUGCUGAAUCCCUGAGCUGCCACCACCCUGCCCACGGCCCACCCUGUAGCCCCAGAGACUUUGCUUCUCAGAAUUCCUGAGCCCUGGGACUGGGGAAUGGGGGUGGGCAAGGAUGUGCCUGACCAGAGCACACUGGAGCAGGGAGAGGAGGGACAUCUACCUGCUGCCAGACCUAUGUUGCUUUGGCCUCUCUGAACAUACACACACACACACACACACACACACACACAGUGCUUUCAUCCCAUUUGCUGCCUCUUGUGGGGAGCGUUCAACUCUGGCACCCUCAAGGGCCCCAGUUCUUUCUCACCACCGCCUUCUACCCAUCUCUGAGCUCUGUUGAUUAAAGGGCAGAGGCCGUGGGGAGGACUAGCUGAUGAUGACCUUGACGUCUCCCUUCCCCAAGUCUAGUCCACUGCCUGCUUGCCCUCCCUCCAACUCAGAAGUGAACACACAGGAAAGUCCUCAAAGUGAAGCAAACUCACCCAAGGUGUCCAAGGCUGUGUGGCGAGCCAUCGGGAGCACCAGUGGAAGCCAUGCCCUUGUGAGGCCCAGAGCAGGGCCUGCACUCCCCAAGACCAGCACUGCAUAUGGGGCAGAGAACCUCUGUGGUCCAGGGGGAAGGUUUAGUACCUAGGGUAUUGGACCGACAGUUGUGAUCAACAGAGGGAUAGAAAAGAAUUCUGAACAUCUGCCUCUUGAUCAUUUCACCUAAAAACACCAAGGAGGAUGUGAAGCAGAGCAAAGCCUCCCUGUACUGGAAGCUCACCACCUCCUUGGUCAAGCUCUGCCAGGAGGGCGUAAAACUAAUGUCACCUGCCCCACUCACCAUCCGUCUCUGUCCUUGGGGAAGGCCUGGCAGGAGGAAAGCAGCAGGCGUCCCUAGUAAGCCCACCAGAGCCUCAUGCCAAGGCGAGGAUGAAGUUGUCUUAUUACCCACCAGCCCAACCCAAGUCCCCAGAGCUGUUGGUUCUGACAGCUCUUUCCUGCCCUGCCACCCUGGUACCCAUUGUUUAGCACAACGGCUCCUUCGCCUGCCUGCCUGAUCUCCUGGUCUGUCCAUUCCAAGCUUCCCUGCUCUGCCUGUUCUUGCCCCUCCGAGCUUUAGCCCCUCUCCCUGCUCUGGAGAGACCAGGCCAACAGCAGCGGGUCUCUGAGUUGCCUCAGAGUUGACCGCUUUGUAUAGAUCACAUGCUGUCUGAAUCACAUGCAUGUCGAAUUCCACAACGGGUUUUGUAAGCUCCUUGUGGGCAGAUUCCAUCUACUUGUAUCCUCUGUGGCACCUAGGGCAGUGCUGGCCACACAAUAGGUGCUCAAUAAAACCUGUUGAAUGACCA